CCUCACUAUUCCAGCCAUAGACACGGAAAAGCAAAAGCGCCUUCUGACAUCCUUGUGCAGACUUCUACUUAUCAAGAUCCAUCAUGUCUGCCUCUAUAGCACCCGAAUGCAAUGAUAUCAAAGAGAGAUAUGACACCUGCUUUCUCAAAUGGUACAGUGAAAAAUACCUUCGUGGUAAUACAACAUCCAAUGACUGCGAAGAACUAUUCUCUAAAUACAAGACAUGCUUAAAUAAAGUGCUAAAAGAAAAAGGCAUCGAUUCCAUGCUGGAAGAUGUUCGGAAGGGUAACUCCGAGAUGGAUGCUGAGCACAAUCGGAGGAGUUGAUAUCUAGCUUCGCUAUAGAUACCUCAUCUCCGCUCCAUAUACAGACUAAUAACAAGCAAAUGGGCCCAGUGGCCUGAAAUAUUGUCAUCUUCAAGGGCCAGAUCAUGAUUUAACCUGCCAUGAGCAGCCAACCUUACGCGGCGCAAAUUCCAUUGCAAUGCUGGUUUGCAGCUCAACGUGGAAUAAGUCGUGAAGCUCAUUGACUGGACCUCUUGCAACUUAACGCUGAUUCUUGGAAAAGCCAAUCUUUUGCACGCCAGUUGUUAAGGCUUCAUGUGUGCGACAAUAUCUACGAUGGCUUGUUCAGAAAGUCUCACCUCAACUUAAUUCUGUACUAACACGUUCUCCCCUCUCAUGUACUUUUAUACAUAUGUAAACUAGAUCAUUUCUCAGACCAUACAUCAUUUAGCGACUUUUCA